AUGGCCAGGGGGGGUCGCAGCGGGCGGGCUCGCGGGGAGGUUGCGGAGAUAUGCAAGGCCUUGGACCACCUCACCUCCAUGAACGGCGCCAAGCCUGAGGUCAUCCAGAUGAAGAGGGACUGCUUCCAGAAGCUGCUCCGCUACAUGACACAGGGCAUCGACAUGUCUGCCGCCUUCGUCCCCGUCACCAAGUGCGUGGCGCUGUCCAAGUCGGACCUGCCACUGAAGAAGAUGCAGUACUUGUACCUGCGCACCACCGCGCGCCAGAACAGCUCGGUGGCACUGCUGGUGGUGCAGACCCUGCUCAACGACUGCAAGGACCUGGACCCUACCAUUCGCGGCGCGGCCCUGCGCUCCAUGGCCUCCCUCCGCGUCCCGGAGCUCAUGGACACCGUGUUCAUGGCCGUGGAGGCCGGGUUGAGGGACCCGCACCAUUACGUGCGCGAGGCGGCGGUCAUGGGCGUGCUCAAGUGCUGGCACGCCGACGCGGCGGGCUGCCGCCUGCGCGGCCUGUUGGGCGAGGUGGAAAGGGCGCUCACGGCUGACGGCGACGCGCAGGUCGUGGCCAACUGUCUCUACGUCAUGCAGCAGGUGGGCGCGCUGAAGGUGACCAGGGACCUCGUAGUCUCGCUGCUCAAUCACAUCCAUUCCUUCUCUGACUGGGCGCAAUGCUUUGUGCUGGACAUCGUGGGGGAUUACAGCCCCGCCUCCGAGGAAGAGCGCUUCGACAUCCUGGAGGUGCUGGACUUUGGGCUGUCCCACACCAACAGCGCGGUGGUCAUGGCCACGGUCAAGCUCUUCCUCAACCACACGGCCGCCUUCCCGGACCAGCAGUCCCAGGUCCUGGGUCGCGUGCGGGACGCCCUCUUGACCCUGGUGUCCGGCAGGGAGCACGAGGUGGUGUACGCUGCGCUUUCUAACACGCUGGUGCUCGCCAAGCGCCACCCUGACGCCUUUGCGCCGCUCUUCACCGACUUCUACUGCCGGUACCAGGACCCCUCCUACCUCAAGGCACUGAAGAUCGACAUGUUGGUGGCAGUGACCGACGCCAGCAACGCCUACGACAUUGCCGAGGAGCUGAGUCAGUACAUCCGGGAUGUGGAUGAGCAACUGGCGCGGCAGGCCAUCCGGGCCGUGGCAGCCAUUGCGCUCAAGGUGCCGGAGGUCAAUGGCAUCCUGGAUCGGUUGCUGCUCUUCCUGGGGUACGAAAAAGAUUACGUCACUGCAGAGACCUUGGUCCAGAUGGCGGUGGUACUGCGGCGCUACCCAGACGCGGCGGAGGCCUGUGUCGACUCCAUCGUGGAAGUCAACCCCGAGACGCUGGCGGGCCCGGACGAGCGGGCUGCCUACAUCUGGGUGCUGGGGGAGCACGGGCAGCGCGUGCAGUCCGCGCCCUACCUCCUGGAGGCCCUGGUGGAGGGCUUCGCGGACGAGGCGGCCAAGGUGAGGCUGGCACUGCUGGCGGCGGUGCCCCGCCUCUUCUUCCGCCGCGCGCCGGAGUGCCGCGGCGCGCUGGGCGCGCUACUGGCCGCCGGCGCCGCCGACGCCGACGUGGAGGUCCGAGACCGCGCGCUGUUUGCGCUGCGCCUGCUGCGCCACGACGUGCAUGCCGCGCGAGAGGUCCUGGGUGCGCCGCUGCCCCUCAUCUCCCGGCCGGGGGAGGAGCAGGCCGCGGAGGUGGAGGACCGCAUCUUCGACGAGAUGAACACCCUGUCGGUGCUUUACCGUGCACCGGCCUACACCUUCAUCGACCCCACCAUCACCAGCGUCGGGGCGUACGACACGGACGGCGAGGGGUCGGAGGAGGGCGUGGCAGGCCAGGGCGCGCCCACCGACCCGACGGGGAUGCUCCUGGACGUGGACACGCGGUCGGAGGCCAGCGCCGGAACCGCCGCGCCCAGCCCCACGCCCGGGUCCAGCGUACCGGACCUGCUCUCGCUCUCCUCUGGGCCGGCGGCGGGUGCCGGCAGGGGGGCCCCAGACCUGCACGUCGGCAUUGGCUUCCCGCCGGCGCCGGCUCUUGCUGGCGCGGGCCUGGACUUGCUGGGCGACCUGGAGGCCGUCGCUGGCUCCUCGCCUGCUCCAGCGCAGAACCUGGGCGCGAGUCUGGGAGGGUCGGGGGCCGGGGCCGGCCAGCCAAUGGACGGCGGGAUUGCCGACCUGCUGGGUGGCCUGGGGUUUGGCGACCCCACGCCCGCCCGCCCCGUCACGGCCGAGGUGGGAGUAGAGGGGAACGAAAAGACGGGGCUGUUAGUGGCCUGCAGCGGCAUCUGGGCCGAUGCCACCCUUGCCGACCAUGGCGCCCCCGCCAACCCCACACACGCCCACGCCGCUCCACCCCAGACCUUUGCGGCGCGCUGGGCUGAGCUGGCGCACAGCGCGCGCAGCGCGCAGGUGGACCUGCCGCUGGGCGUGCUUCCGGCCCUCGCGACCGGCGCGGGGGUGCUGGCGCGCGUGGCGCUGGCGGCGCCGACCACCUCUGUGCGGGUGGUGCUGGAGGUGGCGGGGCCCCCAGGGAGCAACCUUCAGGAUGCGCUGGAGGGCCUGCAGAACCUGCUCCUGUGCCUUUGA